CCUUCUUCGUCCCGGAGGCGAGCUGCAGAUCGCGUUUCAGGCCUUCGAGCGGCUCCAAUGGCGCCUCCGUGGCUCCCACGACCCGGGGGCAGGGGUGCUCGCGCCCGGAACAAGGCGUGGCGGGCGCUCGCUCGCCACGCAGCCUACUCCGCGCUAACGGCCGCGCGCCUCCACCAGGACCACAACCCAGCGCCGCUCAGCGCUGCUCUUCCCACGACGCCGGCUAUAAAUCAGCCCGAUGGCCGGGGCGCUCUUCGCACUCAGUCGGAUCGGGGAGGGAGCCGCCGGAGUUCUUCUGAAGGGAGGACGGGGGGAUGGACGCCGGGACGGGGAACUCGGGUAUGCUGUACCACGAGCUGCAGGCGCGGCAGCUCUGCGGGCUCCAUGCCCUCAACGCGGCGUUGCAGGGCCCGUUCUUCAGCGAGGGGGACCUCCUGCAGAUCGCGGCGGACCUCGACGCCCGCGAGCGGGAGGUCAUGUCCGCCGCCGGCACCGUGGGCGCGGGGGAUUUCCUCGCCGAGGGCGAGGGAUCCCACAACGUCUCCAACAGCGGGGACUUCAGCGUUGAGGUUUUGAAGAGGGCACUAGAGGUAUGGAACCUUCAGUUUAUCUCCAUGUAUUCCCAAGCUGCAGCGGGAGCCCAAUCCAAUCCUGAACUGGAAACUGCCUUCAUCUGCCACUUCCAAAACCACUGGUUCUGCAUUAGGAAUGUGGAUGGGGAAUGGUACAACUUCAAUAGUCUGUAUCUGGCCCCUGAGCACCUCUCUCAGUUUUUACUCUCAGCUUACCUUGACAGCAUGAGGGGGCCUGGCUCGAACAUCUAUGUAGUAAGGGGCACUUUCCCCAGGGACUGUCCUACUGAUUACAAUGACUUUGGUCAGUGGCUGGAUCCUGAGGAAGCCAGGAUCAUUACACAUUCUCGCUUCGAGGCGCAGCAGAAACAAGGGAGCAACUCUGCAAUAGCGAUGGCCUCGAGGAGGUAUCUCACAGUGGGGGUAGCUUCUGGCUUGAGGGGCCUUGAAGUUCCAGGCACCAAGAUUGAAGUACCUCGUCAGCAGCCUUACCAACAGAAGGGCAUGACUAUGAUGCAAGAGGAGAGUGAUGACGAACUGAAGGCGGCGAUAGCUAUUAGCUUGAUGCCAUUUGAAGCUCCGGGGACCAGUUCUCUUCCAGCCCAAGAAGAGAGAAAUUUGAAAAGUGCGCUUGGCAAGGACACCAGCAUGGAGGAACCUGUCUGGAGCAACUCUGAAGGGCCGGUUGAAGAAGAUUAGGAUGCCAUCUUUCUCCAUUUACAUAGGAGCAUUCUUAAACGCUAAGAAAAGAAGUUUCAAUUCGCUGGAGCGGUUAUUGUGAACUUGUGAUAUGUUGUAAUGAUCUGGAAUGCUGGAUUGAACCUGUGUGGCGAUGAUAUUUUACAUACAGAUGUUGAACUCCUGUUAAAA